AUGGCUCCAUUUGACCCCAGGCUUGGAGGUGCAAAGCCUGUACCUGAUGGAGGCCAACACCUGAAGGGCAUCCAGAUGUACCAGGCCACAUCCACACCUCUGCAGGUGAACUGGCUCACCUUGAGCAUCUUCCAGGGCACCCUGGAGGCACCUGGUCUAGAGGCCCAGGUCCCUGAUGGCUCAGAAGAGGCUAAGGCUCCGAGGUUCCUAAGCACCCAAGUGGCCUGUGUGGCUGUCACAGCUGCCAUGCAUCUUCUCUUUCUGGUUUCCUUCUCCUGGACGCUAAUGGAGGGACGACUGCUAUGGAGCAGGGUGGUAGCUGUGAGUAUGUGCCCGGGCCCCAGGAUGAAGCUGCUCAACCUUGGUGGCAUGGCCUAAGGCCAUUUUCUCCUUCCUGUGGCCAUUGUGGCCAUCACCCUAGCAAUGUACCCCCAUGACUUUGGACACUGGUGGCUCAAUGUGCACACAGAUGCCAUCUGGGCCUUUGUGGAGCCUGUGCUGUUUGUGCUGACUGCCAACACCUGCAUCCUGGUCCAAGUGGUGAUGGUCACUGUGUCCAGCACCCACCACCAUGCACACAUGCUAAACCCACAGCCUGGCAUGCAGCAAAAGAUCAGGUUCCAGAUGUGGGCCAUGGUGAAGCUGGUGUUGGCCCUGCUAACUGUCCUGGGCCUGACUUGGCUGGUUGGCCUCCUAGUGCAUCUUAGCCCAACCUGGGCCUCUGCUGCUGUGGGCCUCAAUUCCUUCCAGGUAUUUCUAGGCCCUGGCCAUGUAGAAUGGGGCUUUGGCACACUGCAACUCAAGGUAUGUGGGACACAAAGGCAGGGGCCGGAGCGCCCCCUGCAGGCCGAUUGUGGGGCGCACAGCCAGGCAGCAUCAGAGCGCGUAGCCGCCCAGCACCCAACGGGCCCAGCCCCCUUCCACCCCGCCCCCACCCACGGGCACAGCCGUCUGCGAGAACAAGAGCCACUGCAGCGCCUCUGUGCUCAAAUGACAGCGCCUUUGUCUCUGCUGAAUGGGUGCGUUGCUAGGGCUGCUCGUAGCAACCGAGCAGCUUCCACCUCGGCCCCACCCUCUGGACCCCAAGUCCGAUGA